AUGGGUGGUGAUUCUAGCAAACAAAGGCAACAGCAUCGAUAUUCAGACAUCGCGUCUGAUCUGAUAGCCUACAUAGACGCGUGUCGACUCGACCCAUUUCUUCAGUCAUUCGAUUCCACCCUCCAAAAACGCAUCACCGGAGUCAUCCACACCCUCGCAGUGGACGUCGGUGCUCGGUCAGUCUCUCUGGACUCACUGAGAAAGCUCACAGACUGCAUCCUCAAAACCAAUGAACAGGUGGUCAAUUUCAUUCUCGAAAACCAAAAGGACAUGUUCAAUAAGGAAGAGCUUUUCGAUUUCGUGAAAUGCUACCUGGAAAACAGUCUUCAGGAUGUGAAUGACUUUUAUACUCUCGACGAGUACCUCAACAGCCAUUUGAUGAUUCAAUUUGACGAUAGACACAGCGAAUGCAUGUGGUGGGAAAAAGAAAAAUUCUACUCGGGGACGCUAAAGAAGCUGGAGGAUUUCAAGACUGCAGGUGAUCCAUUUACGCAAGGGGGGUCGUCCUCUGCCUCUGUGCUGAUAUGUUCUGUUGUGGCGACCGCGCUUACUUCACCGCCGGUUGUGAUGGCUUUGGCGGCUGUGGCUGCGGCUAGGUCGAAUUUGGCGUCAAUGGGUGGAUGGAUUAAUUCCCUUUGGAAGAAGUAUGAGAAUGAGGUGGAAGGACAGAGCAAUAUGAAAACGAGUUCAUUAGUUUAUGGGACUUCCAUUGGGAAAUGUGACUUGGACAGCAUUGGAGUACUUGUGGAUCAAUUGGAAAUUGAGGUUAAGUCAGUGUUAGAUACAUCUGAUUUUUAUGGUAAAAAAGAGGUUGAUGUGAUGCGGACUAUAGAUGAGAUCCAGGAGAAGCUGCGUGUGUUUGAGGAUUUUAGAAAGCAUAUUAAUAAAUGUCGCGGUGAUAUAGAGAUGGGGAAGAACAAGAUCGUGGCGAUUAUCAGAAUUCCCAUAAAGCCUACGCCUUGGUUUUAA